CGUUUGGCUGCCACCAGGUCCUUCAAAGCCGGACACUUCAAAACAGUCGGCGCGUUCAAGGCACGCCCAGAAUAUUUAUCGGGACACCUCAAGCCAGAAAGAGUCAACAGACUGACUGAAAGAAGGUCAUUAAGUGGAUCCGGUGUGAGGAGUCUGUUUGGUGGUACCUGUGAGUUCCUGUCAUAGAUCACCAAGGAAGAGCACACCAUUAUCUAAGGUAUCCAGGAGAGCUGAUUUUAUCAACUGCUGUUGGACUUUACUAAACCACUGAAGAGCCAAUCACACUACAGCAUUUUGAUCAGGUGACGUCGGAGGACCAAUCACCAUGGACUCAGAAGGAGGCUGUUAUAACUGCAUGAAGUACCUGUUGUUUGUCUUCAACCUGCUUUUCUGGCUAUCGGGAGCAGCCCUACUGGGGGUGGGGAUCUGGGUCAUUGUGGCGCAGCAGAGUUUCAUCACGCUGGUCGGGGACAACCCGCUCUUCAUCACCGGCGCGUACAUCCUUAUCGGGGUCGGCGCCUUCGUGUUCUUCGUCGGCUUCCUGGGCUGCUGUGGAGCCAUCAAGGAGAGCAAGUGCAUGCUCAUCCUGUUCUUCAUCCUCCUCCUGUUGAUCUUCGCGGCCGAGAUCGUCGCCGCCGUGCUGGCUUUCAUGUUCAGAGCUAAGACGGAGCAGGUUUUGUCAGACAUGAUGAAUAAGACCCUGCAGGAGGACUACAAAGGACCCAAGGCUCAGGACCCCACAUCUGCCGCAUGGAACUACGUUCAGAUCAUCUUUGGGUGCUGUGGUACAACAGGUUACCAGGACUGGCUGACAUCUAACUGGGUGCAGAACCAGGGACAGGGCACGCGGAUGAACUUCCCGUCCUCCUGCUGCGUCAGGGACAAAGCCUCGCUCGACAACAAGCCCACGAACGAGACCGCCUGCUUCGCCGAUCCCACCAACUCCGCGUACAUGAACGCCGGGGGGUGUUUUGAGAAGAUGAAAUCAGAGUUCCAAGAGAAGAUUCUCAUCAUCGCUAUCGUAGGAAUUGCCAUCGCGGCAGUCAUGAUCCUUGGCAUGGUGUUCUCUAUCUGUAUGGUGCGGAACAUGGAGGAAAACACCAGGAUGUAGAUGUUUGUGAAGCAGUAUCUGUGCCUUGUGAACAAGUGGUCAUGUUUACUGUAACCUCUACCAAUCACACUGAACCGUCCUGUACCGAACCUGCUGUCACAGAAUAAGGAGCUUACUUUCCAACCAAGGCUUAAAAACUCUCAUGGAAAAUACUAGUCUAAGUUUGUCUAAAUUUGUUGUUCCAAAUGGCUUUAGUACAGAGGAAUGAAUUGUUGAGUGCUAGUGUUAUGGUACCUUUCUAUGCACAUGUGUUCACUGAGAAAUUUGACAAAGUUAUUUCUGCUGUUCUUUGUGAGAUGGUGAACACAUCUGCACAAAAGGUACCAAGUAUUUAGUACAACAAUACAGUUGUACCUGAUAUUAGAAACCUUCCAAUACUGAGGUUUGGCUUGCUCAAAUCAACAGUUUGGAAAUGUGUAUGACAAACUCUUUGUGCCAUAGCUAGGCUAGGGUUCUUAUUUUGUUCAGUUGUACUUUUCAGUUGCAUUCAUUGGUUUCAUUGAUAUUUACAUUAUGAAGCAAAAUUCCCCUGGCUAUUUUGUUGAGCCAAAUCAUAUUUUGAGAAGCAUAAUCAUGACCUGUGAAAUGAUAAAAGUUUUCCAGCAAAAUCUAUUGAAAAGUUAUCAUGCAUAGCAAAUAAGGUACAGAAAAGUUACAUCAUACUUCUCUUUUUACUUUGUUUAGAUUUUUGAACAUUUUUUCUGUUUUUAUGUUAGCUAAAAUCUGUGAAUUGGCUGCCAAACAACCUCCCUUUGAAACCUCUAUAAAAGAAGUAUUGAAAAUUUAGAAAUCAUGUUUCUAAAACUAUACAUUCUUGUCAUAAUUAGCAUAAUUGUAUAAUAGACAAUGUUAACAUUAAUGAUAACUUGUAUUUGUGUGUAUAAAAUUUGUGACAAAUCAUGGUUGAAACAUUUUGUUUCUUAGUGGUGUUAACACUAAGAUAGUGAACUUAAAUUGAUUUUGAAAUGUCUUAAAUUACUAAAUUUUAGCCUAUUAUUGGCUAUGUGGAAAGAUAUUAUGAUGUUUAUCAUAAUUAUGAGUGUGAAAUUACUUUUAGCAGAGUACUGUAUUACCUCUUUGGAGCUGAGUCCAGCAUAUAUACCUCUAUUGGAGCUGACUACUGAUACUUCUCACACAUUUUGUUGCAAGUCUUUCUUAGUUAACUACCUGCUCAAAUCAACACAGAGAAAAAUAACUUCCACUCAAGCUUGACACAACACUUGGAAGUCAAGAAACUUUCUGCCAUUUUUAAGUUACUCCUUGUUACACCCCACUUAAAUAACAAUACAACAUGAUCCAGCGAAGUUGAAUGUAUGUAGCCCUUAUUGUGUUGAAAAUAUUGUAAUAAUUGUGAUGAAGAAAGAUGAUACAGGAAAAUAUUCAUAUUUGGCAUUACACAUUGCACACCUCGGUUACACUACCAAAACUACAUUUACUAUGAUGGCAAAACUGUAUUUACAUAUCUUUGUAUUGUGUUGUUUUAUGCCAAAGUACUGUCAUAUCAACAUUAAGUUUUCCCAUGUUUCAAUUCAGUUUGAAAACUUUUUUCUGGUUUUGAAAAGUACUCAGAACUCAUGGUACUGAAAGUGACACUACAGUGUGUGCUACUUUCCCAUUAUAGGGGAAAACAGAACCCUAUCAUAUCAGUGUACCAACUUCCCUUUACACAGACACAUUACAAAUAUCACUGCCUACAUAAAAUCGUAAUAAAAGACCUACAAGAAACACAUGGGUUGAACAUACACUCAGAACAAAUGUCCCUGCUAUGUAUUGCUUCAUCCAGCUGUGUUGUUGAGUGGAUUUUUGUUGUGCGUUUAGAGAGCAAAUUUGAUGGUAGUCUUAUAACUGUGGAUAUAGAUGGACUUCAUUGUUCUUUUGUACAAUGUGAAUUUGAUGUUAACACUCUGACUGGAGUCAAUAAAAUUGAAGUGUUGGUUGUCAGUAG